GACACACACACCAGAGGAUCCGGAAGUUGCGUAGCAGUUAGCCGGCCGCUAAUGUUUACAAACACAGUCUGGAGGUGAGAUUCAAAUUCGGACUUUGACAGUAACGCUGCCUCGGCUUUGUCUUUUGGAGCUUUAAUAAUUAAAAAUAAAUCAUGUACCACGUUGUCAGCUUUGUUGACACUGAAGAAGUGGAGGUUGUGCCUGCAAUCUGGGUGAAGAAUGGUGUGUGUUUAUGGCCUCCAUACGAGGGUGAAAUCAUUCAGAGGGCAGCCAAGUGUUUGGAGCAACCCCAGAAGUCUUGGUCUGCAUAUAAAGUCACGAUUAUGUAUACUGCAAAUAAUUAUAAUGAAGCAUGUCUGAAGCUACCUCUUGCAGAACAGCAGAGCGAUCUCCAGUCAGAGGCUGAGCCCGACUCCCAGAGGCCCUCAAAACGAAGAAAAAAACGAAACGGGCACCUACUGGAUGAUUUUGACAGUAAUGAGGAGGCUACCGCACCCCUAAAAAACAAUUUGGCACAGUCCCCUCAAAUACAGCCACUAUCCAAAAGGAUUUGUUCACCUUCUAAUGAUUUACAACCAAGACCUCUAGGACAAAGACAAACGCAGCCCUCUGUAUGGCACCAAAACUCCCCGGGUGUGACACAGAUUGCGGAAACUUCAAGACCAUCCCAGCCGUGGCAAGCGAGUAGUUCUGACCGAGCAUCACGAGACAUCACAGAACAUAAGAGUGAACUCACAUGGCCACAGGACACAACUGUACAGUCCCCCGAACAGGCGGCACAGUUACCGUGGCAUCAUGAAACACCCGGACCCCAGAGAAAAAGCCUCUCGAGCUGUGACCCAUUCAUAACAUCACUUCUCCAUGACAUAAUAACUAAACAAGAAAUUCUGAUGGAGCAGCAGAGGAACAUUAUAAGGAUGGUGCAAGAUCUCAAAGCAAACAAUGUUCGUGAGAUCACAGAGGCUAACCAUUUAAGUCCAAAACUGUUUCCAAUGGAAGAUCUAACGUCAUUAACGUCCCUUGAAAGUGAUUUUCGAUCCUGUCCGGAAACGAGACCAAAAGUGGAAACAGAAAGUGGGAGUGGAGAAGAUGAAAUGGCUCUCAAGGAUGAAGAAUCCUGUCCGGUACAAAUAGGAGAUCAACGCGCACCAAAGAUGGGCAAACCCUGUGGUCCUAAAUGUGGAAAGAAAUGUACGGAGAAGAUCCCGCAUGUUCGAAGAAAAGAGAUAUUUGAUGCCUAUCAAGACAUGUCACACAGCGACAAGUGGGCUUUUGUAUUUCACUCCGUUACCCAAUCAUUGAAAACACGUCUCACAACGGGAGGUCCCAGCAGACGCAACAAGACUUUUCAGUAUCGUCUAAAUAACAGCCUCGGGCAGCCUCAAGAUGUUUGCAAAACCUUCUACCUAACCACACUGGGAUACCAUCCGAAAAACGACAGCAUGAUUGUCAGCGUGACGGGCAACACGUCCAGUGCUGUUCCUCCUCCAGACCGUAGAGGGCGACACCCACCUGCCAAUAAAAUAGAUCUGUCGCCAAUUCACCAACACAUUGAAACGUUCAAUCCAACUAUCAGUGACUGUACGUGUGAACAUGCUGAAAGCAGGCGAUAUUUAUCAAGCAAUGUAACCGUCAUGAUGAUGUAUAAAGACUUUAAAGGCAAAAGUGCAACUGCGUGUUCAUAUGAAACCUAUAGGAAAGCCAUUAGAGACAUGAAUAUAGGUUUCAGGAAACUGCACGCAGAAGAGUGCAAAGAGUGUCUGGAGCGCGGUAUUCACGUGAAGACUGAGCAUCUCUAAAGCAAACAGUAGCAAAUAAACGCUGUGCUGAAUGUAAAAUAAGAGCAUGAUUUUAUACAAGUCAGGGUUUCACCUGACUUUCUAUAUUAGUUCUGCGGCAUUUUACGCCUCGUGACCCAUUCAGAUGUUUACAGUGUUAGAAAACGAAUGAAAAAUACAGUAAAGUAGCAAAUCCGUUUUGAAAAACAGCAAGAGAACUGAAUGAAAUCACAUUUGUUCACCUGCACUUUCUAUUUGUGUAUUGUUUACAUUGUAUCACGUUUUAUUGUUGGUGUAGCUGCUGUGUUUUGCAGUUGUAGAUAAAAUAUCAAUGUUUUCACUUGGUUAUAAAGCCACACUCUGUGGACAUGAAAAUAUGAACAGACAGCACUCUUAUGAAUUAUUCACUGCACCACAGUGACAUACCUGAAUAUGUUUUCUAUGAAAAUGUGUGUUACAAUGUGCAACUGCAAUCACAAAUGGCCAUUGGCCAGAUUCCUUUUAAGCAUGUCUUCUAGCAUGCCCUUGAAAUUGUGCUUGCACUCCUGACUAAAGAAGGAAAACAAAACGAAGAAUGACAUCAUUUCCUCUAAAAGCAUUGUUUUUACUACAAAUAUGUGGCAUGGAUUAAAAGUCUGGUCAGUGACUUUACAUAUU